UAAGAGCGCGACAAUAGCGGAGAAAGCUCAGCGCGUCGAGCGAUAGAGUGUGUAUGUGUGUACUUGCGAUUGCUUGCGAUCGCGAUCGUUCGCUUUGUUAUGAUACGCGUCGGCGUUGUCGAGGCCCGUGUCCCGGUCGCGUAGAGAAGAUCGGCCGCGAUCGACGCGACCGUGAUCCAUGAGAGUGUCGACGCGACGUUCCUGUGCAUCGCGGUACGAUGCGAUAGCUUUCACCGGCGGGGUACCCACCGACGUAGUUGCCGUCAAGGUGGCGGUGCUAGUGCUGGGGGAGCAGAAGAAUCCGUCCGCGUACCGCGAACACAAGAGCAAGCGUGACAGCGGCAGGGCGAGCGUGGUCGCCUCAUCGGUCGCCUGCAGUAUGCUCAGGGUCUGCGACAAGCGGUUAUUAUGGCUGCGGGUGAGGCCAGCGCGACGAAGCCUCGUCAGGAGAAGCAGUACGACUAUCUGCUCAAGUUUCUGUUGGUGGGCGACAGCGACGUCGGCAAGCAAGAGAUCUUGAGCGGUCUCGAGGACGGCGCCGCGGAGUCGCCGUUUUGCAGCGGCAGCGCUUACAAGACUACCACUAUUCUGUUAGAUGGGAAACGAGUAAAGCUACAAUUAUGGGAUACAUCAGGCCAAGGUAGAUUCUGCACCAUUAUUCGGUCUUAUUCCAGAGGUGCUCAAGGUAUACUCUUGGUAUACGAUAUCACCAAUAAGUGGUCCUUUGAUGGCAUUGAUAGGUGGCUGAAGGAAGUCGAAGAGCAUGCACCUGGAGUACCAAAAGUACUGGUUGGUAAUCGUCUGCAUUUGGCCUUUAAAAGGCAAGUGGGUGAACGAGAUGCUGAGGCUUACGCAGCUAAAAACCAUAUGGCGUUCUUCGAAGUCUCACCUCUUUGCGACUUCAAUAUCCGUGAGAGCUUCUCAGAGCUCUCUCGGAUGGCGCUACACAGGAACGGCAUGGAAAGAUUAUGGCGAUCUAAUAAAGUGCUCAGCCUGCAGGAAUUAGCAUGUCGCGCGAUAGUUGCCCGAACGACGGUUUACGGUAUCGAUCAGCUGCCGUUGCCCAAGUCAAUCAAGUCACACCUGAAAUCGUACGCGAUGACGACUACGUCACAACUGCGCUACAACGGCAACCGCUCGUUGAGUUCCAGCAAGAGUCUAGGAUUGCAUCAUCGUAAGCUACGCUUCGUUGGGGUGGGUCAUAAUAAUGGGCUAUCGACGCCUGGUAGCUCGCCCGGCAGCAUUACCGACUCUCGUACGAGUUGCGUCGGUCGCAAUUCUUGCACAGUGUCUUGAGAGUGACGGGGAGCAGAAAUCAGGAUAGCGGUUACUUACAGAAGCGUCGCGCAGCAAUCAACGUUCUUCCUCCUCUCCUCCCUCCUCUCUGUUCUGUUGAUGCAAAACACGUUUACGAUGUUGUUUCACGAUUCAUAGUAAUUACUGUUAGACCACUACGAGAUAACAUAAAUAUAUAAAAUUCCGAUUUAUCACUUGCCAACGUUGACAGAUAGAUACUUGUUGCGUUUAUAUAUAUAUCACGAGAUACAUUUCAGAUAUAUUUUCACAUCCACGAACCGCGCGCAUAGUUUCACGAUCCGAACGAUUACUAACGAGCUUAAGGGAGACAAGCUGUCGUGUAUUUGUGCCAUCCGUUGUAUGAGAUUAAAAAAAAAAAGAGGUGCAAGCAGAAAUUGCUUGAACGUUACCGUUAUUAUUGAUCGCAAAGCUCACAUGGAUUUUUUUUCGCGAAAAAAGAAUGUGUCAGGAUUACGGAAGUACAUAAGACACAUGAUAUAUUGAUGGACAUUACAUUACGCGACUCGAGUGUGCCCAUACUUCCUUAUAAGCCGCUUCGUUUUUUUUUUUGGCCGUUGUUGGAAAAAGUAUCUCUUCCCACAAACGUAUCUCUGUGCGGAAUGUUCUUUCUUCGAUCAUUAAGCUUACGAAAGCUUAUGAUCUGAAUGAAUUGAAAAGUACAAGUUCGCUAAGUCUGCGGUGGUUGUGGUGUAGACUAAUGAUGAUAGCGUAAGUGUAGAAAGUUUAGAGCAGCUAAUUCGAGAUAUAUUAGUGACAUACCUACAUACAUACAUAUAUAUACACAUAUAUAUAUAUAUAUAUAUAUAUAUAUAUAUAUAUAUAUAUAUAUAUAUAUAUAUAUAUAUAUUUAUAUUUUCAAUUGCUUGCGAAAACCAUUUUAUCGGAAACUACCGGUUACCGAGCGCGGAAGAGCUAUAUAUUUUUUAAGGAGACGGUUUUAUAAAGAGCAAUAAAAGCAUUGACUCUUUCUAUGGCACGAGUUUUUACAUUGCAUUACGUUGAUCGAUCAAGAUUAGAUAAUUUUUUUUCUCGAUGUUUUAUCUCUCGCUCUUUUUCUCCCCCGCAUGAAUUAUAAAUCGUGCGAAUCAAUACGAUCUUCAUUCCUCCCUUUUCUCUCUGUUUAAUGAAAAAUUUGAAAAAAAAACUCCCUCAAAUACAUUAUUUAAAAGUAUUGCCUUGUUUCACGUUACCUAAAUGUAAGUUCACACAUUUGUACAGUGUAAGAUUGCAGAUGGAGAUGCGUUUGUGUGUAAUAUAGAUAGAUAGAAACACACUCGAUCUCUAACGAUGUGUCUGUAACAAAUCACUCGAUGCCAGGAAAGCACAUGAGAUGUAUAUUUAUAUUACGUUAGAUUUAACUAAAUUAUAUUCUGUGUAUAUAUAUAUAUAAAAAGAAAGAACUAUAUUAUAUUAUAAUUAUAUUGUUUUAUAUGAAUAUAAUACAAUGUGCUUACUUGUCUGUGAGAUGUAUUAAAUAAAAUUCAUAUAUUAACGCAUUAAUGCAGUGCAUGUAAUCAGUAUGUAAAGACUUGAAAACGGACUUCCUAUUUCGAAUACCAAAUUUUCUUUAAUAAAUAGUUCACACAUUAA